GUCUUGGAUUUGCACUUUGUUACUCUCCGGCAAUUGCUAUGGUGGGCAAGUAUUUCAGCCGACGGAAAGCCCUGGCUUACGGGAUUGCCAUGUCUGGCAGUGGCAUUGGUACCUUCAUCCUGGCUCCUGUCGUUCAGCUCCUCAUUGAACAGUUUUCCUGGCGAGGAGCACUGCUCAUUCUUGGCGGGUUCGUUUUGAAUCUCUGCGUCUGUGGCGCUCUGAUGCGUCCCAUUACCCUUAAAGAGGACCGGUCAGUCCCAGAGAAGAAUCACCACUGUGAAUCUCAGAGAGGAGACUGUAAGCAGGCGUCUUCCUAUUCACCUUUGACCAAAGAAUGGACAGAGACCCGUCUUUGCUGCUCUUUGCAGCAGGAAUACGGUUUUUUGCUGAUGUCAGACUUUGUCGUGUUGGCUGUGUCUGUUUUGUUCAUGGCCUACGGCUGCAGCCCUCUCUUUGUGUACCUGGUGCCUUACGCUUUGAGUGUUGGAGUCAGCCACCAUCAAGCUGCUUUCCUCAUGUCCAUCCUCGGGGUGAUUGAUAUCGUUGGCAACAUCACAUUUGGCUGGCUAACUGACAGAAGGUAA